UUGGUUGGUGAGCGAGUUAUGUCGCCUAAUUGUGACUGUUACUGUAUUCAGCGAGCGUGGAUUGGUUAUUUUAAUGGGCUUGAUUUGAUAGUUGGGCUUAUGGGCCAUAUCUCUUGAGCACUACACGAGCGGGUAGGCCUACUUUAGGAUUGUUAAUUAUAUUUUGACCCUGAUAAUAUGCAAAAAGAGGGUACACUAAUUAUAAAGUUUUGCAAAAUAAAGAGAGACUAGACUAAUUAUAAGUUGAUAAUAUAGAAGCGACGACAAUGAUGAUUUGUUUCUUCUUUUUAAAGAAAGGAUGUAUUAACAAUUAUUUUCAGUCAUGAUGAUUGUAACAACUAGAACAAUGAAUAAAACAUAUUGGUCCUUUGGGAGUAAGGAAGGAGGAUACUGAUCUAUAUCUAUAGCAAUAAUCAAUUAUAUUUCUAAGUUUUCAUGUUUUGUCCGAUUAUAUUGUAUAGCUGUUAAUUGGAACUUGAAAAAUCCAUAAAACCAUGCCCUUGUCUAGCGUAUAUCGCGUACCACACAUAUCCAAAAGCUUGAGUUUGACGUAGAAAUUAUAGUAAAAAUGUAAGAAAACGUGAUUUGUGAGGUUAAUCGAGGAUUGGGAAUGGAUCCAAUGGAAAUAAUGAUUGCUAAUCAGGUGGGAUCAUUAGUGCUAAACAUAAUUACCGCACGUGUCUAGCUGUCUUAGCCUUAUUUUACUUUCUUUUUAGCCCUUAACUUUUACGAUGGAUCGAACUAUUAAUAGGUAGGAAUCAUCAUUUUACAUCUUUAUUGCUUUUCUAACUCGGGCCAAGAUAGAUGGCAGCGGAAAGAAAACUGAUCACUAAUCUACAUAAUAUGUAUAUUUUAAAUUUCUUUUUUUUGGUUAGUGAUACAUAUUAUAUAUAUAUAUAUAUAUUUCACUUUUAAUUAUAUGCUAUUGUGGUAUAUAUCCAUAAUCUUAGAAGAAAUAAAUGUUAAUGUCUUCAAAUAGAGCAAAAGUUUCGGAUAUCAUUUUGAUUAUAAGAUUGAUAAAAAGUAGCAAGUGAUUGCAGUUAAUCAGGAAUUUAUUUCCUACUGAUUAGUUGGUACCAAUGAUUUUCAUAACAACUAUAAGAUUGUGAGAUUUGUUUUGAGUUGAUCUUUGAAUUAGAUGGGAACAACACAUUCGCGCUUUAAUACUGUCUGACAUGAGAUGGACACUUUUUUCAGAAAGCAGAUUUUGAGAAUGGGUCGGUGAGCUCAAACUCAAUGGGCUAAAUGACACAUUAGUUAGGCCUAUGUAUAGUCUUGGAUGAACUGACUAUACCAGGACAUGGCAAGGGUAAUAUUAUGAAGAUAACUGCAACCCGUCCACGACUAAUGGCCAUCUAUGUCAGCUCACUCGGUCCGUCGGCCAAAUCUAAUACGACGAGCGGUACGUUAAUUUUUGCAAAAGCUCGAAAGUUUUGUUUACUAACCCUACAAUCACCAUCCGAUCUUUUCUCGUGUUUUGGCCUCACUCGCACAGUGUCGCAAAUCACUUCCCGAUAGGUCACUCAUCAAAUUCUAAAGUUUUUAACGGAUGUGUGACAAAAAAGGUAAGUCAACUUUGGUGGUAUAAGUAACCAAAUUAAUUCUCUUAAGUCUUUUUAUGUAUCACAACUCGGGACGUUACAAUAAAGAAACUGGUCAAGAAACGUUUCAAAUUUGCAACAACAUCUAAUGAAAAAUAAGUAGACAGAUAUAAUCAAUACAUAUAUAUAUAAUUAUAUAUCAAAUAAUUUAUAUAUCUAGUUAUAUAAACAUACACAUAUAUAUAGAUGCGCAUUUACAUGUAUAAAAAUAUCCCAACCUUUUGGACUUGAUUACUUAGCUAAUAAACAAUCUCAAAGAAUACUUGCAUGAAACGCAUCAGGAAAGGAAUAACACUAACUUUCCCAAACUCCAAAACAAGCUCCUUCAUUAUUUGACGCACAGAGUAACUUGUUUUGCGGUUUUACAGUACUUGAAACGAUCAGUAUAAUGUGAGAUAUAGACUGUCCAUGCAUGCAAGUUAUUCUCUAUACCUCUCUUAAAAAGGCAAUCUCAUCUCAGUAAUUCUCCGUAACCCAACCACACCCGGACCAACGAAUAAGGAUAUUUUGAUCGUUAAAGCUUUUCCAGUAUUAUGCAUCUUCGUUUCAACUUGUCACCGAGGAUCUUGUUACUAUUUCUAACACUUUUAUCAGGGACAAAAUGGUCGGAGUCAGCUCGAGUAUUCACAAUCGUAAACUCAUGUGACCAAACAAUCUGGCCAGCGAUAACACCCGGAGAAAACUUCAACGGCGGAGGAUUCGAGCUCAAACCGGGCCAAUCCAUAGUCUUCAACGCGCCAGUAGGCUGGUCAGGUCGAAUAUGGGGACGAACCGGCUGCAAUUUCGACAAAACCGGAACCGGAACAUGCGAAACCGGUUCAUGCGGCUCGACCCUAAAAUGCUCAGCCUCCGGAAAACCACCAGCUUCACUCGCUGAGUUCACGUUAGCCGCAUUGGAUUUCUACGACGUGAGUCUCGUCGACGGAUUUAAUCUUCCGAUGUCGGUGACUCCGAUGAACGGAAAGGGAAACUGUAGUGUCGCCGGCUGUGUGGCUGACCUGAGAUCAAAGUGUCCGCCGGAGCUUGCCGUGAAAUCUAAGGGGAAAGUGGUUUCGUGUAGGAGUGCUUGUGAUGUGUUCGAUAGAGAUGAGUAUUGUUGUAGAGGAGUUUAUGGGAAUCCUGUUACGUGUCGACCAACAAAUUACUCGAAAAUGUUCAAGGAAGCUUGUCCUACUGCUUAUAGCUAUGCUUAUGAUGAUCCGACCAGUAUCUUCACUUGUUCCGGCACUGAUUACGUCAUCUCUUUCUGUUCCUCCAAGUUUGUGUCUUAUCCUUUUUUCUUUUGGUGUUUAUAUUUGUUUUUGACAUAUAUUUAUACAUAUUUAAAGCUCAAACACAUUAAUUUCUAUAACAUUUUAACAUUUAAAAGAAAACCAAUAAUUUUAAGUCUGAACCCCAAAACAUUACUUGUGUGCUUCAUAUAUGUUAAACCAAAAAAACAUUAUUAAUAUUUGUAUUUACAUUUAUAGCUAUAAUACAUUUUAGGCUAAAGUAAAUGUUAUAAUCCUUUGCUAAUUUCAAAUGCAGAGGUAACCAAAACCAAGCAAUCUUUUGCACCCAAAAACUAGCAAUCUUGGCCACCUAAUCUUUGUGUUUGAUUCUGUAUUUCUCUUUUGAUUUUGUAU